AUCUGGCCUAAGAGGUGCCCUUCACCCAUCACUUUAGGCAUCUACCCCCCUCCUGAACCUCAGCCCUGGCAAGCAUUGCAGGCUCAAGAAAGCCACCUCCUGACUCCACACCAUAGAGGUUCCCCUUACCGCUCCCACGCCUUGAUCUUGCCCUGUAGUUUACUGGGGACUGUUGCAAAAUCCAAAAGGCCCCACUUAGAGCCUUUGCCUGGCUCAUCAGUGACCCAGGACAAACCCCACGCCUCUCAGUCAAGCGCCCCCCCCACCUCUAACCCAUGGACCCCAUUGAGAGCUCAAGUGCUGGUAGAGGAGCUGCCCGUUUCCAAGGGCAAGUUCUUACAGAGCACUACUCACCUGCUACACCUUUAUCUGUGAAACCCUCUUGACAACCAAGCACACCUGAGGUGCUAACACAAAGCUGGGUUGUGCGUAGGGGGAUUGACCCCAAGUUUUCUGGGAUAAUGGGGUCACAGUGCUCAUGUGGGGACAGAUGACAUGACACAUCCAAUAAACCUUUGCUGAGCACCCACUGAAUGCGAGGCCAAGGUCCUGGGUGCUGGCAGGUGCAUCCAGCCCUCAGAAUGUCUGAGCUCCACUAGAGCCUUGGAACUGCUCGAGAGUCCUCCCAACCUCUGGGGAGGGUCUACACUAGGCUGGACAUCCCCUGGGCUCCUGAUUGUGCUUCUCCCCCAACAUUUAAUUAUAAAUAUUUUUAAACAUAAAACUGGAAAGAAUUAUACACUGAACACCUACAUACCCACCACAGACUUUACAAUUAGUAUUUUGUUAUAUUUGCUUUACAACAUAUCUAUCCAUUUGUCUAUUCAACCAUUAACUCAUCUUACUUGUUUGACUGAUAGGUUCUUGAAAUAAGUGGAAACCCUCACACCCCUAGAAGGCCAGUCAACUUACCCAUUGCAACUUUGUAUGCAGGGGCCUCUUCUUUCCCUCUGUCCAAUUCAGCCUGGAGCUCAACAACAAAUAGGCUGCAGACACCAGAAGCUUGCCCACAGGAGCCCCAAGGCCUGGAGGUUGUCAGAGAUUUGAUGGCUGUCAUCUUUCUACCCGCAACCUCUGUCAAGGGUUGGCCAGUCACCAAGGGCUCAUACCUUGCCCUCCCUAUGUGCCAGUCCCUUCCCAAGCAUCAUCUCAUCAUUAAGAGUGUGGGCUUUGGAGCCAGACAAAUGAAGGUUUGGGUCCAACCACACCAUGUGCUGGUGGAAGAGUCACCAUCUCUGAGCAAACUGACUCUUGUUCCAAGUUGAGGAAUUACUGAGAUGGUAUCUAUUAGGAUUCACAACCUGCUAGAACCUGUCCUGUCACACGGCCCCGGCCCUCCACAACAGAGCUGGUACAGCUGGACAUUCCCUCCACCAGUAGGAAGACCCCUGGGUGCUGAGCUUGCUUCUCGGAGAGUCUGGUGCCCCUAAUAUUCCUAGGAGACUUCCAUGAUCCCAACUACCAGGUGGUCAUCAUAGGCCUCAUUUAACUGUAAUUCCAUGGGACCCAGUGCACAGCACUUGGGAUGUGAAGUGGUUCAAAUAGUCAAUCAGAAGCCAGGCUUUGGGGGGUGGAGGUGAGAAACUCACACCUGGGCUCUGAUAAGUUCAGGCCUGGAUUGAGGACCUUGGGAUAAUGAGACCCUUAUGACUAGAGCGUGGGAGGGUAGCUGUGCCCAUACAGCUGGCCUGGCUUCAUGCCUGGGACUUUAGCCCAAGGACAAGGAGACCUAUAAAGCCAGGCCCAGUUCUCGCCCUCACUCCUGCCACAAUGCUGCUGCUCAGCCUGACCCUUAGCCUGGUCCUACUCGGCUCCUCCUGGGGUGAGUGGGCCUGGACCAACCCUGGCUCCCAGCACAGCCCAGGCUUCCCUCCUAGGGGCUCAGGAGGGAACCAGGCUGGCUGGAAGGGAAGCAGUUGGACAGAAUAGGCAAAGGAAAAAGUAUGUGCCAAAGCUGGAAGGAGGCAAGAGGUGGACAGGAGCUUGGGCCAGGCCCAGGAGCCAGGGAGGGUUUAGGAAGCUGAGAAGUGAAGGUUGGACAUGUAGUUUAGGAAGAGCCAUAUGGCUGCACAUAGGGGCAUGGAGCGGGUAGAGAGGCCAGGAGGAGGCUAUCUCAGGGGUCAGGGAAACAAGCAGCCUGGGCUGGAGGAUGGGACGGAGUUGGGGAACGGUGGGGAGUAGGCUGAAGAGAGAUGUGGAGAGUGGACAACGCUUGGGGGCUGGCUGUGUGGGAAUGACCAAGAAUGUGCAGGGGGCUACAGACGCUCAGAGUGAGACGUAGUAGUGAUGAGCCCUCUCAAUUUGGACCCCUCUUGGGGGCACCUGGGAAGAGGUGGGGAGAGGUGGGCUGGGAUGCCAGAAGCAGGUGCUCACUAGCCCAAUGGCCAGGCUGCGGUAUUCCUGCCAUCAAACCGGCAUUGAACUUCAACCAGAGAAUUGUCAACGGAGAGAACGCAGUGCCAGGCUCCUGGCCCUGGCAGGUGUCCCUGCAGGACAGCAGCGGCUUCCACUUCUGUGGUGGUUCCCUCAUCAGCGAGUCCUGGGUGGUCACUGCUGCCCAUUGCAAUGUCAUCCCUGGCCGUCACUUUGUCAUCCUGGGCGAGUAUGAUCGAUCAUCCAGUACUGAGCCUUUGCAGGUUCUGUCCAUCUCGCGGGCCAUCACACACCCGUCCUGGAACCCCACCACUUUCAACAAUGACGUGACACUACUGAAGCUCGCCUCCCCAGCCCGGUUCACAACACGCAUCUCACCAGUUUGCCUGGCUUCCCCAAAUGAGGUGCUGCCUACCGGUCUCACGUGUGUCACCACUGGCUGGGGCCGCCUCAGUGGCUCAAGCAAUAUGACCCCAGCACGCCUUCAGCAGGUGGCCUUGCCCCUGGUCACUGUGAGUCAGUGCCAGCAGUACUGGGGCUCACGUAUCACCGACUCCAUGAUCUGUGCAGGUGGCUCAGGGGCCUCCUCAUGUCAGGGUGACUCCGGAGGCCCUCUUGUCUGCCAGAAGGGGAACGUGUGGGUCCUUAUUGGCAUCGUCUCCUGGGGCACCAGCAACUGCAAUGUGCGCGCACCUGCCAUGUACACUCGGGUUAGCAAGUUCAGCACCUGGAUCAACCAGGUCACAGCCUACAACUGAGCCCACCACAGACCCCUCCCCAUCUCAAUCCAAUAAAGACCCCAGGCUCUGUU